AUGGACGCCCCGCGACCCCGGGGCCGCCCGGCGCCCGGGCGCGGGAGGAAGGAGCUGAAGAUCGUGAUCUUGGCCGACGGCCGGUGGAAGGUGGGGAGCCCAGCGCACCCCGGGACCCCGCCGCGCUCCUGGGCACCAACCCUGCCCCUUCUCCGACAGCACUACGCCCCGUCCGUGUUCGAGAAGUACACGGCCAGCGUCACGGUGGGCAACAAGGAGGUGACCCUGAACCUCUACGACACCGCCGGGCAGGAAGACUACGACCGGCUGCGGCCCCUCUCCUACCAGAACACCCACCUGGUGCUCAUCUGCUAUGACGUCAUGAACCCCACCAGCUAUGACAACGUCCUCAUCAAGUGGUUCCCCGAGGUCACGCAUUUCUGCCGUGGGACCCCCAUGGUGCUCAUUGGCUGCAAGACGGACCUGAGGAAGGACAAGGAGCAGCUGCGGAAGCUGCGGGCGGCCCAGCUGGAGCCCAUCACCUACACGCAGGGCCUGAACACCUGCCAGCAAAUGCAAGCCGCCCUCUACCUGGAAUGUUCCGCCAAGUUUCGGGAGAACGUGGAGGACGUCUUCCGAGAGGCCGCCAAGGUGGCCCUCAGCGCCCUGAAGAAAGCGCAGCGGCAGAAACACCCCCGGCGGUGCCUGCUGCUCUGACCCCUCGGGGCGGGCACUCAGCCCUCAGAACAGAACAGGACUGACAGGGCCCGGCCGGCUACUCCCCGGGACCUGCCCACCCCCAGCUCGCGAAGGGCACUCGGAGUUGUGUCUGGAGCCUGUGGCAAGACUCUUUGGAUGGUCUGGAACUUUCUCCUUUCCCAGCUGGGCUCUGACCAGGAGCUCGAGCUGUGGCCUGUGUGGUGGUGGGCGAGUGUGCGGACUCGGGCCCUCUGUGCCCUGGAACUGGCAUCUGUCCCCAGGACUUUGGCGUGCCCUCUUUGCACUCUCCCCCCAGCCACGUGUCCCCCUUCAAUCACCCAAUAGGUCCUCAAAGCCUGUGCUUGAAACAACCAACUACACUGGUCCGUGGGCCACUGUGGAUCUGGCAGCGCCCCACGGCCCUGGGCUGGGGAGAUAGGCAGGGCUGCAUCCUCCGGUCUCGCUUCCUUCCCCCGGGAGCGCCGGGCCACGAUGCAACCAGGCCUAUCAGGAGAACGCAGCCCCGGACACGGACACAGGAAUUGCAUCGCCCCCGCCCACCCUACGCAGAGGACUUCAGUGGCAGCCUUUGGCCUGGCCGACAUCUGCCCAGAUCCGGGUGCACAUGACCAGGGGGAGAAGAGACUCGGAAAGCAGAGCAAACACCGUGGACCACCCAUCCGACCCCUGCCCCGGGGUCUCCUCACCUGCAGCCCCCACUGCCAGAAACUCAGAUGAAGUGACAGCAGCUCCUGAUCGUGGGCAGGCCAGUCCUGAGACUGUGUCCCUGUCUGCAAAGGAGUCGUCUAGCCCCGCUGCCCCUCAGCCCCCACUGCUGGGGGAUGUGUUCCAGAGCCGAGGCCACCCUGGCCUCCUUCAAGAUCGGACUUGACUGACGGACCCCCCAGCCGCAGAUUCACGGAACUUCCUUCUGGAAGGUCUGGGUUCAGGGACCCAGGAAUUUGUUUAAAGUGCCCCAGGGGAUUCCAGUACCCCAGAGACUGACAGCUGCUUGGUCCUGAGCUCACUCUGGAGUCAGCGCUACCCAAGGUGGGGUGAUGGCUCCAGGUGGCUCCUGCUCCCCGGGUAUCUCUGCCUCCGCACCCUGUGCCCAGUGCUGUGCCUAAGCCUGAGCUUCUCUGAAGUCACCUGCUAGGGCAAGACCUCUCAGCCCACCGCACCCCACCGAGGUUCCCGGAGGCCCCCCCAUGGGGACUCACCAGAGCGUUCAGACCAAGGACCUCUGGUUCCAGCAGAGUCCAGGGCCUCGUGGACAAAUGAGGGUCUAGAACAGAGGUCAGCAAACUAUGGCCUGUGAGCCAACUCCGGCCGCUGUGUGUUUUUGUAAAUAAAGUUUUAUUGGAACACA